GCGAAUUGUGGAGAAAGAGCAAGAAGAAAGGGUCUGUGAAUGAAAAUUGAGAAUUUUCAAUAAUUAAUGCAAGGAAACAACACCAAAUGAAGUGAUAUCAUCGAUUUUCGGCUGAGUCACCGGUGUAGAAUAGUGUGCAUCUAAACAGGUGUGAAACUUCAGAUUUUCACGUGGGAAAGCAUGCAAACAGCCCCUUAGAGCAGGACAUCAAUCAUGUUCGCUGGGGUGAGAAAUUUUCUAUCGCGCCACAAGCGAAAGUUCAUCGUCGGUGGCGUGAUUGUGGGAGGAAGUGUCCUUGCAUUGCGCUAUGCUCAGCGGAAACUGCGUGAGUUCCAGGAAGAGCAGGCGCGCGAGUUCCUGGAGAAGACGCGUCGUUUGCAACACUUUGAGUCCACGGAGAGGACCUGCAAUCAGACGAUCAUGGGCCUGGCGCCGAGUGUGUUCGAGGAGAUCAGCCGGCUGCUCAGCACUGAAGAGAUCCUGGAGCAACUGCGAAAAAAACCUGAAAACAAGAAGGAACUCUGGGAGGAGAUGAAGGUGGUCUCCUUUACCCGACUUACCACAAUGGUGUAUGCCUCCUCCAUUCUCGUAGUCACUCUGCGGAUCCAGCUGAAUCUGGUCGGUGGCUACCUGUACAGAGACACCACGAAGACCACGCCAACAGGCAUGAGUGUGACGCCAGAGGUGCGACAGAUGUAUCUGGCACUGGUGCAGCACUUCCUGCGCGACGGACUGAAGGAGCUGAGUCGCCUGAUCGAGGACAAAGUGAGGCACAUUAUGAAAGACUACGAUCUGAAGAAGCGACUCACAAUCGGAGAUUUGGAACAAAUCUUCUGGUCCAUUCAGAUGGCCGUGAACAAUGACGCACGCAAUCCAAACAGUCACUUGGCCAGAUAUGUGUUUCCCGAGGACGUAAAUGGCAACGAUGUCCUCAUUCGUCUCUUCACGGAGACCCUGGAUCUGCUGGACAGCGAAGAAGUCAGCAUGCUGUGCACGAAUAACGUGAGUCAUGGCUUCUCGGUUGUCGUGGACUUCCUCGUGAGAUACUACACGGAGCCAAAUGGAAAACGAAAUGGCCUGGCUGACGUCCACUCACCCCAAGAUGUCCCUACCACAUCUAAGGAGCAACUGAACAAGAUUUUUGACAUCAACAGCGUCGAGAGUCCAUUGGCCAAGCUGAUUCCCAUCGUCAAUGGACUCGCGUCGAAGCACUUCAGCGAGAGCUCAAAGCCACAGAGCCUGGCCACAUCCCUCGUGAUACUGUUCCUCGUGUCGGACAAGAUCAAGAUCCUCGGCGCCAAUGUCUACGAGGUGUUCAAUCAGUAGGACACCUCAAUCACAGCUCCUUGACAUUCCACUGAGGAAGAGCGGCAACUUAAGUGUUUAUAUCUCUCUGGUUAACUGGCAAUUGGCAAUAUUCUGGGUAUGUCUGUUCUUUCAAUUUCCGUUUUACUUGUGUAUUUUAAUUUCUCUCAGUGCAAUUAAAGUAUGAUAAAGUGUA